GAGGGACUUAGGUAGUUUGGUUUAGGAAGGGCAGAAGGGAUCCCUUGCACCUGUAGAGCCAGAUGAGCUAAUGAGCCCACCAGCUGGAGACCCGUGAGAAGAAAGCAAACGAUAAAAAGCUGAGCUAGGGAGCAGGAAAGGGGGUUUUGUAUGACUCAGGCUAUGUUGUGAUGUACCUGGAACACAAAAAGCAAUACAGAUACUCAGGUGAGGCUACUGCUAGGCUAUGUGUAUUGCUUAAUUCACGCAGAAGGUUUACCACCCAGGGCUUCCAGGAGAUGCAGGAAGGGCUUGUUCCUAAGUGGGGGCAUGUCUGGGAUCUACUUGUCAGCCAGAACCAGGAAGGGUUGGUAGGUGGCCUGUGAGAGGCCAGGCUGAACCUGGAGAAGAUGGAGGAGCUGAUGUGGUGGCUGGUAGACCAACAGAAGGAGGUGCUGCGGAUGUUGCAGGCAUUCCAGCAGACUGAACGACAAGCUCUGCUGGGCUGGCAGGUGGAGCAACAGUGGGUGUUUCAGGAAUACAUGAAGGAGCAGACCAAGGCUAUUGCACUUAAGCAUGAAUAUUGAAGACAAACUUGGAGGAUUAUUUCUUAAAUGUGGUGGCAUAGACCAAAUGCAGUCAUCCAGGGCUAUGGUAGGGAUGGGUGCAGUAUCUGACCAAUCUUCAAUAUCUGGGGAACGGCAAGAAGCAGUGCUUCAAGAUCGGACUAUGGCACAUCAAGAAAUUCUUACAACAGAUGAAGUGUUACAAGAAAGUGAGCUUCGACAGCAAGAGAUGAUUUCACAUGAUGAACUCAUGGUCCAUGAGGAGACGGUAAAAAAUGAUGAUGAGCUGGAGGCUCAAGAUAGACUUCCUCAAGGGCUACAGUACGCAGUCAAUGUUCCUAUCAGUGUAAAGCAAGAAAUUACUUUUACUGAUGCAUCUGAACAACAGAAGAGAGACAAAAAACAAAUACGAGAGCCAGUAGAUUUGCAGAAAAAGAAGAAAAGAAAACAGCGUUCACCAGCAAAGAUCCUUACAAUAAAUGAGGAUGGAUCACUUGGUCUGAAAACCCCCAAAUCUCAUGUUUGUGAGCAUUGCAAUGCUGCCUUUAGAACCAACUACCAUUUACAGAGACAUGUCUUCAUUCAUACAGGUGAAAAACCAUUUCAGUGCAGUCAAUGCGACAUGCGUUUCAUACAGAAGUACCUGCUACAGAGACAUGAGAAGAUUCAUACUGGUGAAAAACCAUUUCGCUGUGAUGAAUGUGGUAUGAGGUUCAUACAGAAGUAUCAUAUGGAAAGGCACAAGAGAACUCAUAGUGGAGAGAAGCCUUACCAGUGUGAAUAUUGUUUGCAGUACUUUUCCAGAACUGACCGUGUGCUGAAACAUAAACGUAUGUGCCAUGAGAGCCGUGACAAGAAACCUAAUAGGAGUGCCACCAAAGUUGGCCUUUUGACAUCUGAGGAAGAUCCUGGCUUCUCUACACCGAUGAAAGACAGCUCCCUGCCAAAGAAGAAGAGACAGAAAACAGAGAAAGCAAAGUCUGUGGACAAGGAAAUUGGAGAUAAAUCAGAACAGAAGAAGGAUAAAAAUGACUACUUGCCUUUGUAUUCUGCCAGUGCUAAAGUAAAGGAUGAAUAUAUGGUGGCAGAAUAUGCUGUUGAGAUGCCACAUUCUUCUGUCAGUGGGUCACAUUUAGAAGAUGCAAAUUCUGGAGAAAUACACCCACCUAAACUGGUUCUCAAAAAAGUUACUAGUAAGAGAAGUCUAAAACAGCCACUUGAGCAAAGUCAGACCAUUUCACCUUUAUCUACAUAUGAAGAGAACAAGGUUUCAAAGUAUGCCUUUGAUCUUGUGGAUAAACAAGGUUUAUUGGACACAGAUGGUAAUGCUGACAUUGACCAAGUUGAUACUUUACAGGAAGGACCCAGUAAACCUGUACACAGCAGCACUAAUUAUGAUGACGCAAUGCAGUUUUUAAAGAAAAAGAGGUAUCUGCAAGCGGCUAGUAAUAAUAGUCGAGAAUAUGCCCUGAAUGUAGGUACUAUAGCAUCUCAACCUUCAGUAACACAGGCAGCUGUAGCAAGUGUCAUUGAUGAAAGUACCACAGCAUCCAUAUUAGAUUCACAGGCACUGAAUGUGGAAAUUAAAAGUAACCAUGACAAAAAUGUCAUUCCAGAUGAGGUGCUUCAGACCCUACUAGAUCAUUAUUCCCACAAGGCUAAUGGACAACAUGAAAUAUCUUUCAAUGUGACGGAUACUGAGGUGACCUCCAGUAUAUCAAUCAAUUCUUCUGAAGUAUCUGAGGUCACCCAGACUGAAACUGUUGGAACAAGCUCUCAGGCUUCCUCAUCAGAUAAAGCCAGUAUGUUACAAGAAUAUUCAAAGUUUCUACAACAAGCAUUGGACAGAACUAGCCAAAAUGAUGCCUAUUUGAACAACCCAAGCCUUAAUUUUGUGACUGAUAACCAGACUCUUACAAGCCAGCCAGCAUUCUCUUCCAUAGACAAACAGGUCUAUGCUUCUAUACCUGUCAAUAGCUUUCGAUCGGGAAUGAACUCUCCAUUAAGAACAACUCCAGACAAGUCUCAUUUUGGACUAAUGGUUGCUGAUUCCCAGCACUCUUUUCCCUUUUCAGGUGAUGAGGCGAAUCAUUCUUCCUCCUCCUCUACACAGGACUUCUUGGAUCAAGUGACUUCUCAGAAGAAAGCAGAGGCACAGCCUGUCCAUCAGGCUUAUCAAAUGAGCUCCUUUGAGCAGCCCUUCAGAGCUCAAUACCAUGGAGCAAGAGCUGGAAUAUCACCUCAGUUUAGCACUCCCAACGGACAGGUGAACCUGCGAGGGCCAGGGACAAGUGCUGAAUUCCCUGAAUUUCCCUUGGUGAAUGUAAAUGAUAAUAGAGCUGGGAUGACUUCUUCACCUGAUGCCACAACGGGCCAGACUUUUGGCUAAGAAAAUCUUUGUAAAUAAUAUUGGCACUUUAGAACAGAUCUGUCAAGAGUGGUGUUGCUCUGUAUAAAAUGGAGUGCUGUACAGCUUUUAAGAACGUUGUGUUAUAACAAAAAUAAGCUGAUAUAGCAAGAUCAAUAACUUCAUUUUUGUUAGUCCACCAGUCAUUGAACUGCCUUACAUGUUGUCUCUCCUAUAAAAGGCAGUUUAUUACUCACUUGUUCGAGACCAGAAACUUGCUCUUUUACAUACACUUAAAUUUAAAACAAAACAAAAAACCCAAGGUAAGGUUUCCUCCCAUAAUAGUUUCCUAUUUGGUUUCAUUGUACGUUCGUGGUAGAACAGUAAUUGUCAUGUUGUCAUUUUCUAAGCUUGUCAGUGUAGUCAUUGCUCUUCAGUAGGGAACCUAAAUAUACUAAACAGAAUAAACUAAAAGUUUAAAUGUCAGGCGAUUAUGGCUAAACCACAUUGGUGUAUUCUAUAGAAAUACCCUUUCUUCCCUCUUUCUUAAAAUGAAAUAAAUGCCAUAUGCCCUUUAUUUUUGCUUUGCAUUACACUGAGCUGUGUUUUGGAGGAAAAAAGUAAUAAUAAAUUCUGAUAGACUAACUCCAUUAUUUAAAAGUCUAAUUAAUUUAAAAUACUUUAAAAACUUUUUUAGCAAAAUACAUGUCUGCUAAUGCAUUUACUUCAGUCCUGAAGUGUGUUGCAUAUUUCUUUGUACAGUUGAACCUAGACAUAACUUUUUAUUAUUCUUUCACAUGCAGAUAUCAAGAUUUUGAAGUUUUAGUUAAAAUACUCUGUAGAUUACAUUCCCAAUUACAUAAAGCUUACACAAAUUGUGUAUUCCGAGAUUUUAAAGCUUAAUUGUACUUUAUCCUGCAUAUUCACAGUGAUUAACAAAGAGCACUUAGAUUCUAUUUGAUAUUUUUUGAUUUCUCAAAGAAUAAAAACUAUUUUAGAUUUUUAGGUCUGAUAUGGCUGCAUCAUUAUCAUCUCAUACAACACUGAUUAAUAUUUUUUAAUAUAAAAUGAGAUUGGAAUUUCUUAGCUUCUGUAAAAACUGGUUUAAUUUUCUCUAUCUAGAACUUUGACAAUUCAGAUAAUUAAACAUACUAAAGCAUCCCAAUAAGCUGAAGUGGGCCUUCUAAUUGCAUAUCUUUUUAGCGAUUUCUUAAUGAACAAUGUUCAUUACAAUUUUACCAACCAAAACUGUUGACUAAUGCUGGUGAACAGAAUUUUUUUCAGUAUAGAUGGAUGAUCAGAAGCUUUUGUUGCAUUUCACAGUAUAAAUAAACUGCAAACUUUAUCCCUGUACCAUGAAUAUGUUUUUUUAAUAGUACUUUGGCUUGAAGUAUACAGUAAGGUACGAUAAAUAGUUCUGUGUGCAUUUUUAAGGUGGUGAGAUUGGAAUAACAUAAAUGUGUUGUGUAGUUUAAGUUAACAAUUUUAAAAUUUUGAACUUUAUGUUCAUUCGUUUGCACCUUUCCCUAGAGGAUACACGGUCAGGUAGUUUAAGGCAGUUUAAACCUAAUAUUGUAGGUUGAUUAACCAUUACGUGGGGAUACAGAUAAGGAUGCAUACAUCCCUUUACAACACUGUCCCUGGCUGACAUCUCCCAAAUGAAACCAUCAGCUCGGAGAGGAGGUUGAGCCCCAUCAUACUGAAGAACACCCUCCCCAGACAGCAGACUCGAGGAGUGGGAGAGCGCAACUUACCCGUUCCCAAAAUACUAAGAACGUUUUAUUGUUUUGCAUCAUUGUAGCUGCAGUAACUCCCUUGGCCCGUUUUAGGAAGAAAGUUCAUCUGGAAUCCAUAGACUGCACCUCAAGUGGCCAGGGAGAUCAUUUACAUGAGCUUCCUGCAUAACUCAUUUGUAUACAGUGAGACCAGAUUCUUAUUGCCCUGUGAUGGCCUUAACUAUUCUUAGGAUUCAUUGUGCAGCUGUUUUAUGAUGCUGCAAGGGGUUAUAUACUCUGCCAUUUUCUUACAGGAACAGGUCUGAAGAUUUGGCCCUGAGUUAAGUAGAAAAAUAAACAUCAAGGGAGAAAAGCAAAAUC